AAAUUCCUCCCCCAUCCAAACUCUUUCCAUCAAUGCCACCCAAAUCUAGCGCUAUUAACCGUCGACGUUUGAUCAAACCACCGUAACUUAAACUUGGAAAAGGUAGUGAUCCGCGUGAUAGGCCCAAAUCCAAUCAGAUUUGAGUAUCUGUUUGUUGAACAUGACAAGCCGACUACUUAACCUUUAAACAUUUUAGUCAUUUCAUCGCAACGAAAUUACCAGCAACGUAUUAGCUUCCUCUCUUUUCUUAAUAUCCCAAUUUUUCAUUUCGAUAAUUUUCUUCUUCUUCUACCCUAAUCCAAUUCAAUUCUUCUGUUCCCUUAACCCUAAUUCUACUUUCAUAUUGUUGGAUUUGAUUUCGUUUCUACUCCAAUGGCUACUGAGGAACCGGUGGUGCCGGUGGAGUAUGCGGCAGAGCUGACUAACGCCGAACAAGCGGAAGAAAAUCCGGCCAACGAAGCUGCGAAGUCUAAGAAGUCGAGAGAGCCUAAAGAGAAGAAACCUGCUGCUCAUAGAAAACCAAGAAGUCCUCCAACUCAUCCUCCAUAUGAAGAGAUGAUUAAGGAUGCGAUUGUUACGUUGAAGGAAAGGACUGGUUCGAGUCAGUAUGCGAUCACUAAGUUUAUUGAAACAAAGCAAAAGCAACUUCCAUCUAACUUUAAGAAGCUUUUGUUAUUCCAUUUGAAGAAACUUCUCGCCUCCGGGAAGUUGGUGAAGGUUAAGAGUUCGUUUAAGCUUAAGCCGGCAGUUGCGAAACCUGCUUCUCCUGUGAAGAAGCCUGUAGCUGCUAAGCCGAGGUCUAAAACCGUAGCUAAGCCUAAAGCUGUGGCUAAGUCUCCUGCGAAGCCGAAAGCUGCUGCAAAGCCGAAGCCUAAGACGGCUGCCAAACCCAAAGCUGCUCCUAAACCUAAACCUGCUCCAGCCAAGUCAAAAAGCAGUGCUGUGGCGAAGCCCAAAGCUGCGACAAAGACCAAAGCCGCUCCCAAGCCGAAAGCCAAGGAAAAGCCUGCGAAGGUUGCAAGGACUUCGACCAGAACCUCACCCGGAAGGAAGGCACCAGCUCCAAAACCGGUAGUAAAGAAGGCGCCCGCGGCCAAGAAGGCUCUGGCAAGAAGUGUGAAAUCUAAGAAAGUGGAAUCGCCGGCGAAAACGGCUCCGGCUAAAAGAGGAAGGAAGUAAAAGGGGGUAGAUCGUGGCGGCGGUCCUGUAAAUUCGUAAUCCCUCCCGUACAGACCCUUACAUGCCGUGCUACAGAGGAGUUUACUUCAAGCUUUUCGAAAAUUUCUUUUAUUUGUUAAUUUGUAUAACUUUUUCUCUCCCCAAGUUGAUAUAUCACUCAGAUUAGUUUUUAAUAGAUAUUCUGUGAUCAUUUAGCGA